UGAAAUUGUCACUGUUGUUAUUGACAAUGGAUCUGGUGUCUGCAAGGCUGGUCUGGCUGGAGAUAAAGCCCCUCAUGUCUUUCCAUCCAUUGCUGGCUGCCACAAGUACAUGGAUGCGUUGAACAGCUGCAUGGGAAACAAGGCGCAGGAAAAGAGGGGCAUCUUGGCCCUGAAAUACAUCACUGAGAACAACUCUGUAACUGACUGGGAUGAACUGGAGAAGCUCUGGCAUCACACCUUCUACAAUGAGCUCUGUGUUGCUCCUGAAGAGCAUCCAGUCCUGCUGUCAGACGCUGCAAUCACACCCAACGUCUGCAGGGAGAAGAAGACACAGAUCCUGUUUGAGGCCUUCAACGUUCCUGCCUUGUAUAUGGCCAACCAGUCAGUCCUGUCUCUGUUUAGUUCUGGUCGGACUACAGGUAUUGUGUUAGAAUCUGGUGACGGUCUCAGUCACACCGUCCCAAUAUACGAGGGCUAUGGUUUGCCCCACGCCUUCGUUUGCACACUAGUGUCUGGAAGAGACCUGACGGAGUACCUGAUCCGGAUUCUCACAGAAAGAGGCUACUAUUUCAGAACCACCGCUGAGCGUGAAAUAGUUCGAGACAUGAAGGAGAAGCUCUGCUACGUGGCUUUGGACUUUGAGCAAGAAAUGCAGACGGCAGCUUCCUCUUCCUCACUGGAGAAGACCUAUGAGCUUCCUGAUGGACAAGAAGUUACGAUCAGCAACCAGAGGUUCCGCAGCCCAGAGGUUUUCUUCCAGCCUGGUUUCAUUGGAGAAGAGUCUCUUGGUGUUCAUGAGAACGUUUACAACAGCAUCAUGAAGUGUGAUGUAGACAUCCGGAGAGAUCUGUAUUCAAACAUUCUGCUUUCUGGAGGUUCCACCAUGUUCCCUGGAUUUGCUGACCGCAUGCAGAGAGAGGUCACUGCUCUGACCCCGUCUGCUGUGAAAGUCAAGAUUCUGGCUCCACCAGGAAGAAACUACUCUGCCUGGGUUGGUGGCUCCAUCCUGGCCUCCAUGUCCACCUUCCAGCAGAUGCUGAUCAGCAAACAGGAGUAUAAUGAGUCUGGUCCCAGUGUUGUCCACCGCAAAUGCUUUUAAACAUUUCUCCACUGUGGCUUUCUCCCUAAACUUCCUCUUUACUUGCUGCACCGAGCUGAGAAGAGUCUGCUGUGUCUUUUACAAUCGAACAAAUUAUUAUUUUUAUUAGAUUCAGAGGAGCAAAAAGCCUUCAACGUAAAUAUUUUCUUCAAAAUAAUGUCACGGAAAUCUUCAUCCACAUUUGAAGAGUGAAAAUAUUCAGAAGGAUAACUUUAAUAAGAUUACAGAUGAAUUAGACUUCAGAUGAAGGUUUAAGUUGGGAUCAGAAUAACAUCUACUGGGAAAUAUGUGGAGAGAUUUCUGAGAGCACUUAAUACAUGUUCUUCCUCAGUAAUUAAUAUGUUACUAAAUGUAUUCAAUGUAUUUGAACAUGUUUGAAUUAAAUCUUGAUAAAUGCAAAGAAAAA